AUGAUCGUUCCAAUCGCUACACUCUUUAGUCUUGCCUCCUUUGCAACGGCAAUUCCUUUUAGAAGAUAUGACAACUCUUCUGAGCCAAUUACUUCUUUGAGUGCAGGAGGUGACACCACUUCAACUAUUGACAAGUAUAUCACCAUUACUUUGGCUUCUACCACCUACACUACUGAAGCUCCAGAAGCUGCAUACGAGACUUCAGCACCUGCUUCUUCUGCACCUGCUUCUUCUGCACCUGCUUCUUCUGCAAUCACUUCUUCUGCAGAGGCUUCCUCCGAUGCAAGCUCCUUACCUACGACCUCCACUUCGACAAUCACUACCUUUGUGACUGUCACCGAAGAGAACGGCUCUGUUACCACGGAAGCAGCUAUUGUUGAGACUGGAUCUUGUGCUCCAACGACCGUUACUGUCACCGUCACUGAUGUUCCUUCUUCAACUACAUCGGAAAACGUCACCACCAUCACCCAAGUUGUUACUGCGUCUUACCCAGUGACUGCAGAAUUUACAUACAGUGAUGUUACCACCACCAUUACUUCUUUUAUUGAAGUUACCUCCACCCAAACUUCUGUAUCCACGAUUCCUUCAUCUUCGGUGCAAACUGAGGCUCCAGCAUCUUCUGCUAUUGCCUCUUCUGCCCCAACUCUCUCUUCGAGCUUGUCAAGUUAUGUUAAUGGAACAAACCCAAGCUACAAAAGACUUAGAAGAGGGUUUAGUUUUGAUUUCUGA